GCAAAAACGCCUCCAUCUUGGGCAUCCCGAGCCGAGGCGCAAAGGGCAGCAGCCAUAUAUACACACACACACACACACACAAACACACACACACAGACACACACUGAUGCACUAACAAUAACAAGAGGAGGAAGAAGCAGCAGAAAAGGAUAAAAAAUUGGAAAUUUGCCGAGAUGUAACUUUUUUUAUUUCUUUCUCAUUGAACACAUUGAGGGAAAGGAGCGCGGGUGAGGAUGGAGAAGCGCGAGAGCGAGCGGUGCGCGCGGCUCUGUUAACCGCUGGAUCCGCACAGGCGGCUCCGCUUUCCUGCAGGAACCGAACAGGUGACACGGUGGAAAGGCUCAACUCACAUCAGAAUGGGCGUCGCGAGGCUCGUCGUCUUUCUCCUGGUGCUCUCGCUUUGUCUGGAGGGAGGUGAUGCCAAAGAGAAAGGAACGAAGAAGGGGAAAAAGAAGGGGAAGCAGGUGUACUGUCCAUCACAGCUGUCAUCCGAGGAUCUGGCCCGAGUCCCUGAGAACUCAACCAGUAACAUCUUGAACAGGUUACUGAUCACCUACGAUCCCAGAAUCAGGCCCAACUUCAAAGGGAUCCCCGUGGAAGACAGAGUCAACAUCUUCAUCAACAGCUUCGGCUCCAUCCAGGAGACGACCAUGGAUUACAGAGUAAACAUCUUCCUGCGGCAGCGCUGGAACGACCCCCGGCUGAAGCUACCGCAGGACUUCAAGUCGGACUCGCUCACCGUCGAUCCCAAGAUGUUCAAAUGUCUCUGGAAGCCCGACCUGUUCUUCGCCAACGAGAAGAGCGCCAACUUCCACGACGUCACCCAGGAGAAUAUUCUCCUCUUCAUCUUCCGUAAUGGAGACGUCCUCAUCAGUAUGAGGUUGUCUGUCACCCUGUCCUGUCCACUGGACCUGACAUUGUUCCCCAUGGACACACAGAGGUGUAAAAUGCAACUGGAAAGCUUCGGCUACACAACGGACGACCUGCAGUUCAUGUGGCAGACGGGAGACCCGGUGCAAAUGGACGCCAUCGCUCUGCCGCAGUUCGACAUUAGACAAGAAGACAUCGAUUAUGGGAACUGCACCAAAUUCUAUGCAGGAACAGGGUACUACACAUGUGUAGAAGUCAUCUUCACCCUACGGCGACAAGUGGGCUUCUACAUGAUGGGUGUGUACGCCCCCACGCUGCUCAUCGUAGUCCUCUCCUGGCUGUCCUUCUGGAUCAACCCUGACGCGAGCGCUGCCAGGGUCCCAUUGGGGAUCCUCUCCGUCCUCUCUCUGUCCUCUGAGUGCACCUCCCUGGCGCAGGAGCUUCCGAAAGUGUCCUACGUCAAGGCCAUCGACAUCUGGCUCAUCGCCUGCCUGCUGUUCGGCUUUGCCUCGCUGGUGGAGUACGCAGUGGUUCAAGUGAUGCUCAACAGCCCGAAGCGCAUCGAGGCCGAGAAGGCCAAGAUGGCGUCCAAGGAGAAGGCAGCGGGAAAGAGCCCAGCUGCCAAGAACAACACGGUCAAUGGGACCGGAGGGACGCCGCUUCAUGUCAGCACCCUGCAUGUGGCGGAGACGCGCUGCAAAAAGGUGUGCACCUCCAAGUCGGACCUUCGCACCAACGACUUCAGCAUCGUGGGCUCGCUCCCGCGGGACUUUGAGCUGUCGAACUUUGACUGCUACGGGAAGCCCAUAGACAUGAGCUCUGCUCACGGCAAAUCCCUGGCCAAACACCACAAGAAACCCCCUCCCCCGAAACCCAUCAUCCCCUCCGCCGCCAAACGAGUCGACCUGUACUCCCGAGCCCUCUUCCCCUUCUCCUUCCUCUUCUUUAACGUGAUUUACUGGUCCGUUUACUUGUGAUUGCCUUGAAAUCAGGUUGUAUUAUCAAUCCUUCACUUCACCUCCCCCCCCAUGCGUUCUUUAUCGAUUACAUUACGAAAAAGGAGUUGGAAUCCAAAAUGGACUUUGAGAAAUGUGCAUCUUGCCCAUUCAAAAUGAUUGCAGAGAAGAAAGUUGAAUCAUCUAUUAAUUACUAUUGUUAUAUUUAUCUUCACGUAAAAACCUAUGAUCUUUUGUGUGUUAAACAAAGAUUAUAACCUUUCUUUACCUUACAUAGAUAUAUACAUCUUGUUUGGAAAUAUUUUAUUUAUUGAUAAUGGCACUAAAAUGGUCAAAACAGGAUUAACCGUAUAACUGUUGUGAUGAAUGGUGCGUCGACAAAUCCACAAAGAUUCAUUCCUUAACGACCGAGACGAACAAGCACAGAUCUAUAGAAGAGCAUUUGUAAUAAAUAGCUGUUUGAUUUUUGUUUGCCCUGCAAGUUGAAUAUAAGUUGCGGCAUUUUAUUUUAAACUUCGGUGCACAGUGUAUUAAAUUUGUAAUUACGGUGCAUGUUUUAAAAAAAAAUUGCAUGUAAAUGGAGAUCUAAUUUAAAUAUAUAUAUAUACAUUAUGUAUUUAUUAGAGUUUAUUAUUCUAUGAUUUGCUCUCGAGAUGAAAAUGGAUACGUGAAACACUCCUGUUCCUGUCUAGAUGGUCAUGUGACACUGCCACUCCUCCUACACAUGUAGCGUCCGAUGUCUCCCCCACUGUAGCGUGUGUGUAAAUGGGUCACUAGUGAUUGUGACCGUGUGUGUUUGUGUUUGUAAGCAACGAAAAAUAAACAAUCAAGUGACUUUUCACCUUUUGGUCUAA